AUGUUUUUGGGCAUGCUAUUCAUGCGCAUGAAAGUGGCAAGUGGCAGAAACCAUGAAGCGUGGCCGCGGGCCAUUGCGCGCCGUCAAACCAAAGACGAAGCUUCUUUUUUAUUCUUUGAACCUGCACCGAGGGCUACGAAGCCAAAACGCACGAUGGGCGUUUCCUUGUCACACCAACAACCUGUGAAUCAAGGCGGAGGUUGCCGCAUGCUGGGCCUGCGAUUAAACACGCUUGAAGCCCACAACGCAACGCGUCUUCCGCCGCCGCCGCCACCGCAUCUGAGCUCAUCUCGACGCUUCUCAAGACGGUGGAAGACCGCAUUGUCCCCCUCACCCAGCAAGGAGUUGCGACCGGCUCAAAGGUAUUCGGCGCAGCCAACAACGCACGGCUGUCUCCCCUGCUACACGGCGAGAUCAACUGCAUCCAGCAGUUCUUCACCGUCGACUACCGUGAUCCAACGGCGCGGCCUGGUCCACAAAAGGAUUUGCAUCUUCUUUGCCACCCAUGAGCCGUGCAGUCUUUGUCCGAGAGGCAUUGCGUGGUCCGGCUUCAGCGAGUUUUACUACCUCUUCACCUACGUGGACAGUAGGGACUUGUUCUCCAUCCCCUACGACAUUGACAUUCUGGAGUCGGUCUUUAGGGUGCAGGGCGAGGAGACUGAGCAGCAGGUCAACAAGAGGGCGCUGUACAAUAAGACGAACAAGUUCUUCAGGGGACGAUCUGUGGGUGAUUUGCUGGACGACUUGUGGUAUGUGGCGGAGAGGAAGACGUGGCGGCAGGAAAUCCAGAGAGUCGAGGACUUGUACAGUUCGUUGAGUGAGACGUAUCAGAAAGGGAAGAAGUCUGGCGCAGAGAGUUCUAGUGUUUGGAAGUAA